UCAUCCGUCAAUCACGUAAUCAAAUCAUGCAUUUAUUAUCCACCUCCUUUAGAUGUUUCAGGUGUAAAGACAACUCCUGCUCCACCUUCAUCUAGUACUACAACAGCUCCAGCAGGUAGUAUAGCUGCUGCCACCCCGACAGCUUCAUCUGCAGGACCUACCACGCCCACAUCAUCAGUUACUGAAGCCAUUAAAGGACCACCACCACAAGAGUUUGAAAAAUACAAAGGGAAAUCUUGCUAUGCAAUGAGGCUGAAAGGCUCCACUUGGAACGAAGGCCAAGAAACCUGCAGUGACUUUAAUAAAGGUGGUUUAGUUGUCAUGGAAACAGAGGGUGAACGAAAUUACAUCAAAAGCAUGAUUCGUUUAGCUAGUAAUAAGUUUGAAAAUAAAUGGUACAUUGGUUUAAAGAAGGAAGGAGAUUCUUGGAAAUGGACCAAUGACAUUCCUGUAACAUCAAGUCAUUGGUCAAAUGGUCAACCAUCAGGCCAAGGGAACGUUGGUGUCAUGACGUCCGAUGGAAUGUGGUUUGAUGAGGAUGGGACUAAACCAUACGGUAUCAUUUGUGAAUAUGAAUCUGACGGUGUAUGUGUACAGCCUGGAGCUUCUUUUAGCUAAUUCAGUGGAAAAUGGGAUGUGUAGGACUGUAUAUGCACUUGAUUAAAAAACGUCCUAAUUCAGAGAAAUACGAAUAUGUGACUGCAGACGAAAGUAGAGCCGAUUGAAUUGACUCUUACUGUGUCAUUGCAAAAGCUCUAUUUCUUGGACAAGUUGAUCCGGCCUAAUUAAAAUUUUCUUAUAGACCAUCAUAUUUUAAUGUAUAAUUCUCAAAUAAGCAAAAAUGUGUUUAAAAAUUUAGGAAAGUCGACGUCGUUUUUAAAAAACUGAAACUACAGGAAGCUGAUACACGUCUGUAUAUCGAGAGCUGAAACGGGCUGAAAGUGUUGCUGAAACUAAUUUCUAAAAAAAUAUUUCCUUUAUGAUAGUAUGAUAAUAUGCUAUAGUUAGUUACAAAAACACAGUUUUCAAGAAUAAAAUCGUUAUUGUUUGUUCAUGCACCAUAAUAAACAAGAAUAAACGUCAUAAACGGUAAACAUGCAUUAUCUGUGUAAGGGCAGUACGUGUUAAGUGUACAAGGAGGUAAUGUAAGCUGCAUGUUACAGCCUUAUCACAAUAAAGACUACAAGAAAGGAGUGUCAUGCUGAUUGCGACGAUCAUAUGAAUACUAGGC